AUGUCUGAAAGCAAAAAAACCCCUGGGGCUGCUAACCACAGAACCCGGAUCAUCAAAGUGACUGUCAAGACCCUCAAACGCAAGGAGCAGUUUGAGGUGGCCGACAGCACCCUCAUUCAGGAAUUCAAGAAGCUGAUUGCUGACCGUUUCAAGACACCCCCUGAGCAGUUGUCCCUGAUCUUUGCUGGUGAGAUUCUCAAUGACCAGGAUACACUAGUGCAGCACAAGAUUGAUGAUGGGUCCAAAGUCCAUCUCUUCAUCAAGUCUCAGAGGAAGCCCUUAGGGAAUCCAGGGCCCCCCACGGGCAAUCCAGCCACACCCAUCACCUUCCUGCAAAUGCCAGCAACUCGAGAAAUCUCCUCGGAACACAGUCUAGACCUUUCGGAUUGGAGCAGCCAACCCGAAGACCUGAUGGCCUCCUGCCACGAAGUUGUUGCCCAGACCAUGGAAAACCUUUUGCUCCAGAUGGUCACUCUGAACCUGGAUGCCUCUGCAUUGAACAACAAUCCCCUUCUCUUGGGCUUCCUCCUUGGUGUCACUGGCAUGAAUGUUCUGGGUUUGAAUGCCCCAGAUAUUUCUGACUUUGUUGGCGAAGCCCAGGAGCAGGAUGUGACCCGGCAGGAGCUUAUCAGUGAAGUGAUGCAGCACCCCUUUGUGCAGAACCUUUUCGGGGAUACUGAACAGGUCAGGCAGAUGAUUAUGUCAGUGCCUCAGAUGCAGCAGCUGGCUGAACAGAAUCCAGAGAUCAACCACAUUCUCAACAACUCUGAAUUCCUGCGAGAAAUGAUCGAUGUGGCCACUAGCCCAGCCGUGAUGGAUGAGAUCAUCAGGAACCAUGACCGAGCCCUGAGCAACCUGGAGAGUACUCCAGGGGGGUACAAUGCUUUGCAACAGCUGUACCAUGACAUUGAGGCUCCAAUGCUGAACGCGGUGCAGGCGCAGUUCCAGGGCAAUUCGUUUGCUCUCUCAGACACCAAACCUUCCACGGGGGGGAUCAAACCCCUGUCCCAGACAGAAAACAGGGAACCUCUGCCAAACCCUUGGGCACCCCAGUUGAACAGCAGCGGUGGUGACAAUGUAUGUAAUGGUGACAUCAGCAGUGCCAGUAAUGGUGCUGAGCAAGGUUACAUCCUGCUUGCAUUAGGUCCUGGAAUCCGGCCAGGACUUAGCAAGUCUGAAAGCAUUCAGAACAUGGUUCAUCAGCUCACAGACAACCUGGAAUUCAUGCAGAACAUCUCCAAUGCACUUGCUAAACCUGAGGGCCCCACUCAGAUGUUCCUCAGCCAUUGCAACUCCCCCAUGAGAAAUGAAGCUCCUCCACCUCAAGGGUGGGCCCAGCAGCUCCCUUCCAAACUAGCCAGGUCAGAGUCUGCCGUGCUGCUGACCAACCCCCGAGCAGUCCAGGCUCUUCUGCAGAUGCAGAUGAGCCUGCUGACGCUCACCAGAGAAGCCCCAGAUUUCCUGCAAGCCUUGACAGACCCAGAUGUUGAACUAGAAAGCAUGGAAGACUCCGAUGAGGGAGAAAGCCCAUCUUCUGAAGCAGAAAGCCUCAUCUCAGUUGAAGAAAGCCUGGAGCUGGAGAACAGUGCAUCCAAAGCAGACGAUGAAGAAAAGGAGGAGGAGGAGGAGGAGGAAGAGGAAGAAGAAGAGGAAGACAUGGAACAGCAAGCUCCAGAGGCCCUUUACCAGAUCCAGUUGGAGCAGCUCAGAGCAAUGGGCUUCCCCAACCAGGAACUGAACUUGCAGGCUCUAAUGGACACAGAAGGAGAUAUCAGUUUGGCAAUUGAAAAGCUAACAAACUCUCGCGCAUCCUAA